AUGCUACAGACGUGGCCACUACCAUUGGCGCUACCAUCCAGUCCCGCCCAUGCAUACCACUACAAGCCAAACCGUGGACUGCAACCAAGCACGACAGUGAUGCCGCGCUCCCCCAAGAAGCUUCCACCAGCGAUUCCCAAAAACCAAACGAUAAAAGGAAAUUACUACGAAUUAGAUCAUGAUAGUAAAUAUGAUGAAAACGACCCCAAUAGAUUUAUCGUAGCAAACUUGCAGAUCUUGAAUCCAAUAUGCAACUAUUUUCUCCCUGAUGAGCUUAACACAUAUGGAUUCCGCCCUUUAAGAUCGACUGAAACUGCCUUACAAAACUUCGUCGACGUCGUAUUGACAGCUUUUGACGAAAACAAGUUUACAAUUAGUGUAUUUUUAGACCUAAGCAAAGCUUUCGAUACGGUGGACCAUACGAUUCUUCUCAAUAAACUGGAGCAUUAUGGGGUCCGUAAUACAACACUCAAAUGGUUCAAAUUUUAG